AUGACGAUGUUGGUCGUGGCGGCCCCCGGGUUCUCGAAUAGGACCUGUCCCAACAUCCCUAUCGCGAUGGGCGUGCUCGGGGUUAUCCCCGACGGCGACCGCGACCGACGAUCCACAAAUGGCGCCGACGAUGGCCCAGAUCGCGAUCGCGUACAGCAGCGCAAGCAGGAAGCGUCGACGCGCUCUUCGGUCCGCGAUUUGCAGGGCCGAGGGUUGGGAGUGCGAGAUGGGGAGUAA